AUGUCAGACCCGGUUGUUUUGCAGUCUGCGGUGCGAGUGCCCACCCCACCCCCGGGGUCAUUCUCACCUGCUGCAGGUGCUCGAAAGCGCUCGCCUCCCUCACGAUCGCCCUCACCCAACCGUCGUCGCUCACCUCCGGGUGAUUCGCACCGAGAUGAUGCUGAAGUGCCCCGUAUGGAUGAGCAACGCGCAAUCGAGCGGGAACGCCAGCUCGCCGAGCGUGUACGCCAGCACGAGGAGCAGGAAGCUGCUCGCAAACCCAUGACCGAGGAGGAGAAACAAGCAGCAGCCAAGGCCGAGUACGAGAAGCUUUUGAACAUGCGCUCUGGCGGUACUUAUAUCCCUCCAGCACGACUCCGCGCGCUGCAGGCGCAGAUCACGGAUAAGACGAGCAAGGAGUACCAACGUAUGGCGUGGGAGGCGUUGAAGAAGUCGAUCAACGGUCUGAUCAACAAGGUCAAUGUCUCCAAUAUCAAAUAUAUCGUACCCGAGCUUUUUGGCGAGAACUUGGUUCGCGGCCGUGGAUUGUUCUGUCGAUCCAUCAUGAAGGCGCAGGCUGCCAGUUUGCCCUUUACGGCCAUCUACGCGGCGAUGACCGCCAUUGUGAACACGAAAUUACCCCAGGUUGGAGAGCUUCUGGUCUCUCGGCUGAUCGUUCAGUUCCGCAAGGCUUUCAAGCGAAAUGACAAAGCCGUCUGCAUCUCAUCUACCACCUUCAUUGCCCACCUUGUCAACCACCAAGUCGCCAAUGAGAUGCUCGUUGCGCAAAUUUUGCUUCUGCUGCUCCAUAAGCCCACUGACGACAGCGUGGAAAUCGCAGUCGGCCUCACCCGGGAAGUUGGGCAGCACUUGGAGGAAAUGAACCCUCAAAUCGCGAAUGCCGUUUUCGAUCAAUUCCGAAAUAUCCUCCACGAGGCCGAUAUCGACAAGCGCGUGCAAUACAUGAUCGAGGUUCUGUUCCAAGUGCGCAAGGACCGGUACAAGGAUAACCCAGCAGUCAAAGAGGAGCUUGACCUGGUGGAGGAAGAGGAUCAAAUCACACAUCAAAUCGGGUUGGACGAUGAAGUUGAAACCAUGGAUACUCUGAACAUUUUCAAGUUCGAUGCAGAAUGGGAGCAAAAUGAGGAGAAAUAUAAGAAGUUAAAGGCCGAGAUUCUGGGCGAGGACAGCGAUGAGGAUGAAGAUGACGAGGACGAGGACGAGAGUUCCGAGGAUGAAUCAGACACCGAGGCACAAAAGAUGGAUAUUAAGGACCAGACCAACACUGAUCUCGUCAAUCUUCGUCGGACGAUUUACUUGACAAUCAUGUCGAGUAUCGACUUUGAAGAAUGUUGUCACAAGUUGAUGAAGAUUAAUCUCCCUGCCGGCAUGGAGCCUGAACUGCCUUCUAUGAUCAUUGAGUGUUGCUCCCAGGAACGGACAUACUCCAAGUUCUACGGUUUGAUUGGAGAACGGUUUGCCAAGAUUAACCGCCUCUGGUCUGACCUGUUUGAGGCCGCAUUCGCCAAAUACUACGACACUAUUCACCGUUACGAGACGAACCGUCUGCGAAACAUUGCACGCUUCUUUGGACACAUGCUUAGCAAUGACGCCAUUGGCUGGCAUGUCCUGUCCGUGGUUCAUAUGAAUGAGGAGGAGACCACCUCCAGCAGCCGUAUUUUCAUCAAGAUUCUCUUCCAGGAUCUUGCAGAGAACCUCGGUCUGCCUGGUUUGCAGGCCCGUUUCAGAGACGAGGUCCUGCGGCCCAGCUUCGAGGGUCUUUUCCCGACAGAGAACCCGCGCCACACUCGCUUCUCCAUCAACUACUUUACCAGUAUCGGUAUGGGUGUGUUGACAGAAGACAUGCGCGAGCAUCUCAAGAACGCCCCUCGGCCUGCUGUACCCGCUCUGCCUGCUCGCACUUCGCGCUCACCAUCAGAUCGCUCAUACUCGCGGUCUUCAUCUUAUACCCGCUCCUCUCGUUCACGAUCUCGCUCCUACUCUCGCUCCCGCUCCCGCUCCCGCUCCUAUUCUUAUUCUCGAUCCCCUUCAAUGGACCGUGGGCGAUCCUACUCCCGCUCCGCCUCGCCCGAUUCACGGGGCCGGAGUUACACACCAUCGCGUUCUCGCUCCCGCUCGCGCUCAAAAUCUCCCACCCGCCGCCGGGAUGCAUCGUACAGUCGUUCUCGGUCGAGGUCGAGGACCAUCUCUCGCACUCCAAAGCGACGCAUUAGGGCCCGCUCCUAUUCGCGAAGCAUCAGUCGCAGCCCGAUUCGCCGUUCAGCCUCUCGAUCAGCCUCCCCUCCACGCCGAGGUGCGGCCACGGCUGCUCGGCGAGACCGUAGCUAUUCGAGAUCACCUUCUCGAUCCGUAUCACCACCGCCUCGUCGGGAGCCGGCCGCGAAAAAUGCUCGACGGUACUCUUCGGCAUCUGCAUCUCCUCCACCUCGCCGCGGUCGUGACGAUUCCGGUUCUCGAUCUCGUUCCCGCUCUCCUCCCAGAAGGCCGGACGAUUCCCGGGGUCGAAGUGUCUCUCGAACUCCUCCUCGCCGCCGCUGA